AUGGACAUUAUUCCAAGACGGUUUGUUUUUGAGAGGGAGGAUAACCAGACCACCAUUCAGUUUUUAAGUGUCUUUCCUCAAGUAGGUGAUGCAGCUAAACGCCUUGCUGUUUUCCGCCCUUCUCUACGCGUUGCUACCGACAGUCGAAAGAAGGGAAAGCAUCGCGACAGAGAUCGGGAUAAAGAGGAACCGAAAGAUUCACCUCCCAAAGAGGCACCUGCGCAACCAACAACGGCACCAGAACCAGUUGGAGCUGUUUCGACUGCACAUGAAAUGGACGAAACGUCACCUGAAGAAAUGUACAAAUGUAGAGACUACACACCGGCCAUAUUCAAUGAUUUGCAGCCAUUAUUUGAUCUUCUGAAGAAAUUCUAA